CAUUCCUCGCAAGUCUCUUUUCUUAAACAUACACACGAAUAGUAAGUAAACAUGUCGACGGCCACGACAUCCAAGAUUAUGCUGCUUAUGGCGUUCAUGGCCGCCGCACUGAGCUCCGUCUCGAUGGCCAGCGGGCUUCGCUACAAUUUCUACAACACAUCAUGCCCGGGAGCCGAGGACAAGGUGAGGAGCGUCGUCCAGAGCCUGAUCAGCAACGACGCCACCAUGGGCGCCGCAUUUGUCCGACUCUUCUUCCACGACUGCUUCGUUAGAGGUUGUGAUGCGUCCAUUCUGCUGGACCCGAGCACGAGCAACCCGAACACGGAGAAGCAAGCAAUCGCUCUGCGCGGGUACGACGCCGUGAACAAGAUCAAGGCGGCCCUAGAGUCCAUCUGCCCGGGAGUCGUCUCCUGCGCUGACAUCCUCGCCUUCGCGGCGCGCGACUCCACCACCGCCUCCGGCGGCUUCACCUUUGGCAUGCCCUCCGGCCGCCGCGACGGUCUCGUCUCCGUCUUCGGCGAGGUGUUCCAACACAUGCCUUCGCCGUCAUCGCAGCUCGGGGAUCUCCUCAAGAGCUUCGACGCCAAGGGCCUUGACGCCGUCGACCUCGUGGCGCUCUCCGGCGCGCACUCCUUCGGCCAAACGAGCUGCAACUUCGUCAAACCAAGGCUGUACCCCGCCGACCCCACGAUGAACGCCACCUUCGCGACGGCGCUGAGGAGCGUGUGCCCGCAGCAAGGCGGGGGAUCGAUCUUGGUGAACAACAACCGUGUGUCGCAGGACCCGAACAAGCUGAGCAAUGCGUUCUACCAGAACGUGGCAUCUAGGCAGGUUCUUUUCACGUCAGACCAGACGCUGACUAGUCGCAACGACACGGCGGCAAUGGUCGCCGACAAUGCCGCCAGACCCAUCGCGUGGAUGGCUAGGUUCACGGGUGCUAUGUUGAAGAUGGGCCGCAUCGACGUUCUCACCGGGGCUAACGGCGAGGUCAGGAAGGUCUGCUUCGCCACCAACAGCGGGACUUAAUUAGUUGGCCGCAUGCAUGGGUGCAAGCAUGAGGAUUAAACAAAGUGCAAGGGCUGGUGGACUUAAUUAGUUGGUUUAAUCCUUGUCAUUUCAUUUCGUUUUUAAUAUAUUGGUUUCCCUCUUUUUAUACUGCUCCUGGACUAGUUGCACUUUAACAAUGAUGUACAUUUAUUCGUUGACAUGAAAAACUUCUGAACUUUAAUUUGUUAGUGUACUGUUUUGUUUUA